UAAAGGUGCGUUCAUCACCUUCUAUCUCCGCCUAUUUCAAAGGUCGCUCGAUACUUUUCGUCGGGGAUUUUUUUACUUUCUUUUCUCACUGCCUCAAAACACUGUGGCAACUUUUUAAUGUUUAAUUGUCCUGGUUUUUAGCCUCGACUGUCGAGAUUCAUGCAGCAAAUGUGUUUAACGUUUCAAUUCAAAAUCGCCAUUAAGCUGCACCUCACACACAGAAGAAACACUCUCGAGUGAAGAUGGCAGUUAUGAAGUUUUUGGUUUACGUUACAUGUUUCUGUUUGUCUCAAGAUUUAGUUUUUUGCGUUGACUAUGGCGAAAGUGGAAACAAGAUCAUACUUACUCCAAGCAUCCGUGGAAAGCCUGAAGAAAUACUGUGGACACAUAAUGGCAACAAGGUUCUGGAAUAUGAUGGGAGUGAGGUGGCGAAAUAUGGCUCAUUUAAAGACCGUGUAGAUCUUGAUUUUGAAACAGGACAGCUCACAAUAAGAAAACUAAACAGCCAAGACAGUGGCAAAUAUCAGUCUGAAAUUUGGAUCAAUAGGAAUGCUCAAAUCUCCAGUCAUAAUUUGACAGUUUUGGAUGCUCUGCCGGAGCCUCAGGUGACCUGUGAACUGGAUGAGACUUGGAAUUUUAAAAAACUGUCCUGUUCAGUGGUAUCCCAGACUCAGCCAAGCUAUGAAUGGAGUGGACCUAAUAUAAAACAGCUGGGACCAACACUUCUUGUUAAUGAACAGGAGGAAAACCACAACUCAGUCUAUACCUGCACUGUGAAGAAUAAAGCUGGAAGCAGGACCACAGACUUUACUCUGCAAGACUGCCACACAGGCAGAGAAAGCCCUGCUGUGCUUGUUCCAGUCUUAAUAGUGACAGUGCUUCUCAUUAUUCUGCUUGCUGUGCUGGCAUUUUACCUCUACAGACAUAAAAAACAAAAGCUAGGGAAAUCUGAACUAAAAAAAAUGGACCUUGAAAAUGGUGAAUGCGAUAACCUGUUGAGAAAUGUACCAAUGGAGGCUAUGCCAGGUUCAUCUGAAGCCACACUCCCUUGCCGUACCAGACUUACUGCUCCGAAAGAAUCUAUUGCUGAUCAAAAAUGGGAUCAGGAGAGUGAAUCGGAGAAUGCAGGUGAAACUCAUGAAGGACAAAAACUUUUGAAGGAAAGUCCGCAAUCUGCUAUAACAGAAAAAAACAAAGACGACACAGGAAAUACAAAUGGAGAACUUGAAAAAAAUGAGAAAAACAGCGAAAAUGCAGAUGAAGCAGAAGAAAACGCUAAUAGCAAAGCUGAUGAAACCGACACAGAAGUAGAGAGCCAGAAAUCCUUACAAACCCAAGAAGAAAAGGAGAAAAGUCAGAUACUGAAAAAUGAGAGUGAAGAUGAAGAGGAGUCACCUGAGGAGCAGAUUGAGUCACUGGGAGAGCAGGACACUAAAGAUGCAGAUAAAAAUGAGGAAGACCAGUUACCGGAAGAGAAAAAAGAGAAGGAAGAGGAAAACGAAGAGACAGACAGCCUGAACACAGCUGAAGGAGAACUAGAAAAAAAUCUGAAAAACAGCGAAAAUGCAGAUGAAGCAGAAGAAAACGCUAACAGCAAAGCUGAUGAAACCGACACAGAAGUAGAGAGCCAGAAAUCCUUACAAACCCAAGAAGAAAAGGAGAAAGGUCAGAUACUGAAAAAUGAGAGUGAAGAUGAAGAGGAGGAGCAGAUUGAGUCACUGGGAGAGCAGGACACUAAAGAUGCAGAUACAAAUGAGGAAGACCAGACACCUGAAGAGAAAAAAGAGAAGGAAGAGGAAAACAAAGAGACAGACAGCCUGAACACAGAGAUUGUGAGUCCACAGUCUGCUGUGACAGGAAGAAGUACAGUGGACACAGGAAAUGUAGCAGAACAACUACACAAAAAUGAGAAGAGCAGCCAAAAUGAAAAUGGUGAACAGUCAAUUGAGCAGCAGAACAAGAGCCUAUGUACAUCUAUUAAUGAGGAUGACCAGAGGCCAGAAGGGGAAAAGGAGGAGGAAGGGAAAACCGAAAAGGAAAAUCAUGAGGUGACAGGUAGACUACACACAGCUGAACCUUGUAAUCCACCUUUGCAUAGUGAAGCUCCCAGUGAUCCUCUGGAUUCACAGUCUAACCUUGACAUCAGUGUCCCAUCUUCAAACCUGAAUAUGGAAUUAGAAAAUAAACAAACUGCAUUCUUCCCUCAAGAGGAAGAUGAUGAUGAUGGUGAGCAGACAGACAAGAGCAGUGAGUCAGAACAAAACAUGCAGGAAUAAAAGGAUCUUCCAGAAAUGAAAGAGAGAAAAAAAUAAACUUUUAAAAGAUUGUGAUGUAAAGAACAGCGAUCCAGACAAUACAAACAAUGGCAUAUCUGUGCCAGAGGACAAGAAAUCAGAAACAGACCAACAGCUUCUCAAAACAUGCAAUGAAGGAAGAUCAUAGUUCAGAAAUCAGAGAACAGUAUUUGAAUAAACAGUGCUGUACAGAAUGUGAUAAUAAAGUUUAUAGUGAGGAAGGCGAAAUGGGCUCAGUUUUAUCAGCUGUAAAAGAGGUAGAGAAAAUCUGUCAACUAUAGCCACAUGAAGGUAGUAGUGUCAGCUAAGAGACAGAAAACACUCGAGGGUGGAAAAGGAUGGUGAAGUGUGUGCUUGAGCAAGGUGUGGAGAAGUAGUAUCCAAAUACUUUAGCAUAAGAAAUAGGGCUGUCAUAUUAAUGUAGAACAAUUUAUUUAAUACAAUUUAUUUUAUAUAACUGAUUGUACUACAUUAAGGAAAUUGACAUGUUGUAUGUAAAUAUGCAUAAGUAGCAUAUCAUUAUGCCCUUGUAUAUAUAACACUUUCCAUGAAAUUUCUUUAUAGCUGUCUGUCUGCAUAUGUAUACAAAUCAACUAUUAGAAAUAGGGUAGAUUGAACACAAAAACACAUCCUUUGUGAAUGGCCACGCAAUUGGACAAUGGAUUGGUGUGGACUGUUGGCCAGUAAAAGAAUUCAGCGGACAUAAACAAUAUAUUGACAGCCACUUCUUGUCUGCUCAGUGUAUCACUCAUCUGCCACAACAAUGUGGUAUGUAGUCAGCAGACAGGUAGGCAGCUCACUAGGUUUUGGAACAGAGCCAGUGUCCCACUGAAAUGAAAACUUGAAGGCCAACAAAAAGAAUAGAAGGAGAGGAUGCUGAAGAAAUGAUGAAGACACCUAGUGUGAAAAUAUUUUUAAAUAUAUUUUCUGUUGUAAAUGUUGUAUAUACCAGUGGAUUGUAUAUAAUCAUGUUAUUUAGCUAAAUAUUAGACAUGAUUUAUUUAACUUUUUUUUUGCCAAAAUGAUACCUGUGGCAUGAUAAAAUUACUCUAAUUUAGAAGCCGUUGUCCUCAAAAGCAUAGGGCAGGUGGGAGGGUAUGAUACUGUAUGUGCCAGUAUGUCACUUUGCUGCGUAGAAUAUGUAAUAAUGCCUUCAUUUAUUAAACCCAGAAUCAACUAUUUUUUGUGAACUUCUUUUAAUUAUUAUUUUUUAUA